AUGGGUGCCCGGGGGCUGUACGUGGGGCGCAGGGCCGCCGCCCUGCUGGCCGCGCUGCUUCUGGCGCUGCUGGCCGCGCUGCUGGCGCUCGCCGCCCUCUACGGGCGCUGCCGGCAGGAGGAGCCGCCGUCGCCACGACUGCCGCGACCCUCGCCCACUGCCCCCAGCCUCACCACGCCGCUGGGUCCAGCUCCCUCCACCGCGUCCGGCCGCCGCCUGCCGCGCAACCUCCUGCCCCUGCACUACGACCUGGAGCUGUGGCCGCGAGUGCGGCCGGGCCAGGCGGGACCGUUCGCCUUCAGCGGUCAGGUGAACAUCACGGUGCACUGCCUGCAGGAUACGGACGCGGCGGUGCUGCACAGCUCCGGCCUGCGGAGUCGCGGGGCCGCCGUCGUGCGCGGCCCCUUGUCCGAGGCAGGCGCCGUCGUGGAGGUGGCUGGGCUGCGGCUGGAUGCAGCGGGUGAGGUGGCGGUGCUGGAGCUGCGCGGCCGGCUGCGGGCCGGGCGCCGCUACGUGCUGCAGCUGGGCUUCCAGGGCCGGCUGGAGGAGGACCUCGACGGGCUCUUCCUCACCCGGUACACCGACCAGGGACUGAGCAGUAUGCUGAUUGCCUCCCAACUGGAACCAACGUAUGCCAGGACGGUUUACCCAUGUUUUGAUGAACCUGCCAUGAAAGCCACGUUUAAUAUCAGAAUUGUCCAUGAUCCCAGCUAUGUGGCUCUUUCCAACAUGCCUGCUAUUGAUGUAUCAGAAAUGAAGGAUGAAAAUGGAAGCCUGUGGACUGUUACCAAAUUUAACACUUCACUGAAAAUGUCAACUUACUUGACUGCUUUUGUGAUUUGUGCUUUUGAUUAUGUCACCAGAACCGAGCGGGGAAAUGAGAUACGUAUUUGGGCUCGGAAAGAGGCAGUUAAAAAUGGAUAUGUUGACUAUGCUUUAAAUAUCACAGGCCCGAUAUUUUCAUUUCUGGAAGACCUACUUAACAUCAGCUAUCCUCUGCCAAAGACAGAUCUGGUUGCACUGCCUGAUUUUGGAGCGGGUGCUAUGGAAAACUGGGGGCUAAUGACUUUCCAAGAAUCAUCAUUGAUGUACCAACCAAGUGAUAAAUUCACAAGCAGAAAGGCAAUGAUUGCCAUAAUUGUGUCACAUGAGCUAGGACACCAGUGGUUUGGAAAUCUGGUUACAAUGAACUGGUGGAAUGAUCUGUGGCUUAAUGAGGGACUGGCGUCUUACUUUGAGUACCUGGGAGCUAUCUUUAUUGAACCCAAGCUUUCACUCGAUAAAAUCUUUUAUGAUCAUGUUGUACAACCUGUUUUAAGGGAAGACAAUGAAAGAGGAGUUCGAUCACUGUCAGAGACUGAAGAAAAGAUCAAAGGAUCAUUUUCUUUAAUAUCUCUGUUUGACAGCAUCACCUACAGCAAGGGGGCUUCUAUUACCUGGAUGCUUUCUGGUUUUCUGACUGAGAAGUUGUUUAUCAGAGCACUGACUUCAUAUCUGAAAGAAUUUUCUUUCUCAAAUGCUAACCAAGAUGAUCUCUGGACCCACAUACAGAUGGUCGUAGAUGCACAGAAUGAAGUUCAGUUGCCAGCAUCUGUAAAACAAAUAAUGGAUUCCUGGACAUGCCAAAAUGGGUUUCCAGUUUUAACAUUAAAUCUAACCACUGGCACAAUCAGUCAGGAACAAUUUCUUAAUAAAAAGAAUGAAAACAGCACUGAUUCUUACAAUAACACAUGGAUUAUUCCUAUUUCUUGGAUGAGAAAUGGAUCAUCACAGCCCUUAAUGUGGCUAGAUAAAACAAGCAAAGUGUUUCCUGAAAUGCAAGUAUCAGAAUCAGAAUAUGACUGGGUCCUGCUGAAUGUAAAUUUAAAUGGAUACUACAGGGUAAACUAUGAUCAGUUAAACUUAAAAAGACUAGCACGCUUGCUUGAAAAUGAUCCAAAGGCUAUUCCUGCUGUCAGCAGGUUCCAGCUGAUAGAUGAUGUUUUUGCAUUGACACAGUUUGGAUAUAUUCAGAUUGAAACAGCACUUGAACUAACAAAGUACCUUGCCAGAGAAGAUGAACUCUUCAUAUGGAAUAUGGUUUUGUUAAACCUAGUACCAGAGAAUUUGGAAAGUACUCUGAAAAACUAUGAAGUAUAUCCACUUUUAAAGAAAUACCUUUUAAAGAGAAUGUUGCCAAUAUACCAUUAUUAUUCAGGUUUUAUUCGUGAAAAUAUUGAUGCUUUGGAAGAUGACUAUUUUGCUCAAGUGUAUUUGGAAAAGCUUUUUGCAACAGCAUGCUGGCUGGGUCUGCAAGACUGUUUGAACCUGUCAUCUGAACUGUAUGCUAAGUGGAUGGACAACCCUGAGUACAAAAUUCCCCUUUUAAUUAGAAGAACGGUCUGCUGCUAUGGUGUUGCAGUCGGAACUGAUAAAGAAUGGAAUUUUGCAUGGGAAAUGUAUAACCGUACUGACUCCACAAAGGAAGAUACAGAUAUCCUGCUGUCUGCCCUGAGCUGUGCCAAAGAGUCGUGGUUACUUUACAGAUACUUGCAAUAUGGACUCAGUGAUACACUAUUUUCUGCCAAUUACACUUCAGUCAUCAUCUUAUAUGCAGUGACUAAGGAUAUUGGGCACCGUAUAGCCUGGGAAUUUGUUACAGAAAAUUGGCCACUUUUAAAUGAAAGGUACGGGAAGGAAUUAUUACACGAUGUAUUAAAAGUCAUGGGAAGAUUUGUCAAUACAGAUGUACAGAUCCAAGAGUUGCAGGUUUUUUAUAAUGCUACAUUGGAAGAGGAUGAGAGAGUGGCUACUACUCUACUACUGGAGCUCACAAAAACUGAAAAUAUGGAAAGGAGAAAACUGCUAAUCAAAGUUGCCAAGUGGUUACAGAAAAAUCUGGAUGAUUGAUGUGGAGAACAAUUUUCAGUAUAUUUUACAGAGUGAUUCACUAGAAUUUUGGUAUUCUUUUUAAGCUGUAAUUAAAGAUAAAGUACAUUUUUGUGAGUUCUGUGGUUUUCUUUCCAACUGGAAAGUCAGGCUAAAAUAAUUCACAAAGUAAAUAUUCAGCAAAAUAAAUGAGAGGUAUAUUUUCAUAUUGUGACUAAAUUAAUUUCCUACUGGAUGAAUUGUUAAUAAGGAUGUAUUGCUAAUAAUAAUUUAACAUACAGAUUCAGUCCUAAAUCCUUUGUCUUUUUCUGUAUAUCAAAAUGAAAAGUGUGGUACAAAUUUGUGGCAAAAACACACAAGGAAGCUGGAGAAGUUUUAUAUUCUGUUUUGCUUAUGAUUUGUACUGUGAUAUUGGGCAAGUCAUUUAAUCUGUCUCUCUCCACUUCUGUGUUUGUAAAUUGCUAAGAGGACAAUAAUUCAGAACAGUGCCAUGAAGCAUAAGUUUGAGAAUGGUUCCAGAGCUGUAGGGAGGAAAGGACUAAAGAAACGACAAAUUUUAAUGGUAACAAAUGAAUGCCUUGUCUUUCAAACUGUAUUUUUCCUUAGCAGAUCUGUACUUGCUGUGUACAUUUAUAAUGUAUUGUUUACAAUCACAUUUGUGUUUGAUUAGGAAUGUGCUUUUAAAGAGAUCCUCCCAGUUGUCUCAGUUUAGCAUGCUUCAACCGCCAGGGCAGUCUUGGAGUGGGCUGAACUGUAUUCUUUUUGGAUGAAAUUUAUCUAAGAGAUUAUGAGCUCCUGGUGUGCAACUGUCAGACAACACCAUUUGAUGGUCAUUUUGUCUGUGGCACUAGAAUGCAACUAGUCUAAACUAAGCCCUCUGGAACAUCACCAAGUUCUUACUGCACUGAGCUGCUCUCUGAUGUAGACACAGGGUUAAUCAUCUUGCUUACACAGCAGUUUGCAGAUGAUAGACAGAAUUCAGUCUAUCAGUAUCAGCAAACCAUAGAAGCUUGUGGUUGAAAAAGUACGAGAUCCUUAGUCCAUGUAAUUUAUGUAUUUGUGGAGUAACAGUGUUAUGACAAAAUUACUGUAUUGGUGCUCAGGUGAACAUAGAAAACAAAGUUAUAUGGAAUGCAGGAAAGCCAAGAAGUUAAAAGUACCACACUGUGAGGAGACAAGGAAUAAAAAGCAGCCUUGUUAAUAAAAAGAACUUUUUACUGGCAGCCUCUAAAUACAUUUAAGGAAAACAUGGCCAUAUUGGCUGCAAUGAAUCUCCUCUGCUCCCAAAUGGCUGCAAAGAAAAAUGGUAACAAUUUUGAGACUCUCAGAGGCUCCCUUUAUGGGAAUUACCAACUGGUGCAGCCAGGUUUGUGAUGGAAUCGUUUGACCUCUUUAGCAUUUGAUCCAGUUAAGGGUAAUGCCAAAGAAAAUUGUAUGCAUUCUUGACAGUCCUUGUCAAGCCAGUUCAGAAAGCAGAGGAAUUCAUCGGGGCUAUGAUGAAUUAGAGAGGUUUUGCUUCAGCAUUUCCUGAUUUAACACCAGUUAAUCACUGGCUCUGCAUGUCUCAUCAGAUGGGCUAAGCAAAGCUAAAGAAAGUCAUUAUUAUGGGAUUUAUGGACUAAACUUCCCAUAAUGUUUUACUCCUAAGCUCAAUAGGUCCAAACCAUUUCUUUCUAACCAUGAGUAACCACUUUUCCUUUCCAGCUACUCUUGCUUAUUUUUUUAAAUAUUUUUCUUCUUUCUACUGAAAGAAAACUCUGUAAUUACAAAUGCCAAUAUG